AUGGCAGCAAAAGUUCCAGUUGAAACGAUGGGUGAUCUUGACAUCCCCACUAUUCCGGAAUCCCCAUCUUGCAUUGUACUUCCGACGGCAGCUAGGAACUACGAGCUUAAGACCAUACACUUUAACAUGAUGCCUUCUUUUCAUGGAGUUACUGAGGAGCACUUGAGGUUGAAGAUCUUCCCUUACACUAUGAAGGACAAAGCAAGGACAUGGCUCAACAGUUUGAGACCGGGUUCAUUGACGACAUGGACUGAGCUACAAAAUAAAUUUUUAGAAAAAUUUUUCUCAACUCAGAAAACUGAUGCUCUCAGGGACAAAAUCAUGCAGUUCGAACAACAACUUGAUGAGUCAUUUUCUGAGGCAUGGGAGAGGUUUAAUAACCUGUUAACUCAGUAUCCCCAUCAUGCUUUGCCUUUAUUAGUGUUGAUGCGUAUUUUCUACAAGGCACUGACAGUUUCUAGCAAAGCUGCAAUUAAUAAUUAUGCGGGGGGAUCGACUAGGAAUAUGACUCCAACCGAAUGUCAAACUUUAUUUGAGAGACUUGCUAUUGAGACACAACAUUCGGAAGUAAGAGGUAAGAGAGCAGGUGUGUAUGAAAUUUCCAAUUCUCUUGCACCAAAAUCGCAGGUUGAUGCCAUCUCUACCAAGUUGGACAUGCUUCUAGCAAUGAAUAGGCAUACGACUCAAGGAGUGGAUUUCCCAGAGUUUGUGCAAGAGCAAGCAAAUAUGAUGAACUCCUAUAAUCGGAAUCCAAGGUUUGAUCCCUACUCUAACUCCUACAAUCUAGGUUUUCGGGUACAUCCAAACUUUUCUUGGAAUAACACCCAAAACCAAGCCAAUCCACCAACCACCACAUUGGAGGACAUGGUGCUGCAGUUGACAAUUAACCAUCAGAAAUUGGAGGCACAAGUGGGUCAAAUCGCUGAAGCAUUGAGUCAAAGGGAGGCUGGAAAGUUUCCAAGCCAAACUGAGAUCAAUCCGAACAAUAGGGAGCAUGCCAUGGCUAUCACACUUUGUGAUGAGCAACAAAGCCGAGUUGCUACAAAAUUGGAAGAGCAGAAAGUUCAAGCACAAGAGCAGCCACUUCAACAGUCACGUCGUGCAAUCAUGUAUGGGUUGCCUGACCCCGAUAAACCUGCUCCACCUAUGAGACCUUAUGUUCCUCCAAUCCCGUUUCCAGGGCGUCUUAGGAGAAAUAAAGAAGAAAUGUCAUCAUUGCAAAAGACAAUCCCAAAGACGGAUGUGGAACCUUCUGUUGUGCAAGAAAAGAAGAAAGAGCGCUCAAAGAGACCUCAGUGGGCAUCCAAUUGGCUGAUCGAUCUAUUCGAUAUCAUAAGGAAGUAUUAG